AUGGCGGCGUUCAAGACUUUGCCUUCUCGUCCUCUGGGCCGUAAUGGGCCUCUUGUUCCCAGACUGGGACUUGGUCUCAUGGGUGCUAGUGGAACUUAUGGUCCAUCUCCCUCUGAUGAAGAGAGAUUUGCGCUCCUCGACGAGGCAUACAGAAGAGGGGAGCAAUUCUGGGAUACGGCGGACAAAUACGGCGACUCUGAAGCUCUUCUCGGAAAAUGGUUCGCGGCCAAUGCCGAAAAACGGAAGGACAUUUUCCUUGCGACCAAGUUCGGCAUCAAACCGAUCAAAACUUCCCCGGGGUACGCAAUAGACUCGUCGCCAGAGUAUUGUCGCGAGUGCAUCGAAAGGUCCCUCACUAGGCUUGGGCUGCCAUUUGUGGACCUAUACUAUGUCCACCGCCUGGAUAAAAUCACCCCAAUUGAGAAAACCAUGGAGGUGAUGGUGGCACUCAAGAAUGCCGGUAAAAUCAAGUACAUCGGGCUGAGUGAGUGCAGUGCCGAGUCCCUGCGGCGCGCUCACGCGGUGCAUCCGAUUGCCUGCGUGCAGGUGGAAUAUAGCUUGAUAUGUACUGAAAUCGAGUCGCCGAAGAGACGCCUGCUGGAAGUGGCCCGCGAGCUCGGCGUGGCCAUCGUUUGCUACAGCCCCAUGGCGAAUGGUUUUCUGACUGGGACGAUUCGUUCGCGAGCCGACGUGACAAAGCCGGGCGAUUUCCGUGGUAUUCUGCCGUGGCUGAAGGAAGAAAACAUUCAAAAGAAUGUUGCGGUCCUUGAUCGGAUUGCCGAGAUUGCAAAGAAUAAUGGUGUGACCCUGCCGCAGUUGGCUCUUGCUUGGUUGCUUGCUCAAGGCGAUGAUGUUUUCCCCCUUCCGGGAUCUUCAAAUAUCCAUCGCCUGAAUCAAAAUCUUCAGAGUCUCGAGGUGGCACUAUCGGCUGAGGAUGAACAGGCGAUGCGGCGGAUCGCAGGAGAGAUGGUUGGUGAACGGUUUCAAGAAUUGACCGGCUACGCGUUCGGCGAUACUCCUGCCUUGGAAUCUUGA